AUGAGUUCUGGGAUACAGAGUAUUGGCUUCGGUUUCCUUGAUCCAGGCGCUCACUGCACGCGUUCAGCUCGAUUUGCCGUUCUUGGAGGAUAUUGGAGGAAGGCAUCCGUCCUUAGCGAUUUCGGUCCCACGGGCUCAGCCACUUCACGGCGUCCAUGCGCACCAGCUUCUGCAGCCACAGCCGCAGCCUUAGCCACAGAACAAGGAUCACAGGGUGGCGAUGGCGCAGGGCCAACCGACACGGCUGACCCAGAUGCCGUCCUGGACGGCUUCGUCUCCGCCUUCUCACUACCCCGCCAGCAGCUCCGCAUGGUGUUGGAGCGACAACCCGGGCUUCAGCGCGCCAACCCACAACUCCUGGCGCAGCGUAUCGACGCGUACACACGCGCCACUGGCCUUGACGCCUACCAGCUGCUCUACAUGGUCGCCCGCCAGCCCACCUUCCUACGGCUCUCCCCAUCCAUGUUUAAGGAGCGCUGCGAGGCACUUGCUAAGAGCCUGGCCCUGGGCCUCGAUGACGUGUUGAAGCUGCUCGUAUCACAGCCGGCGUUUCUGGAGGUCCAACCUGACUCGUUGCGGGCAGUUUCGGGGCGAGUGGCGGGAGAGCUAGGGGUGCGGCCAGGAGCCGCGUUGCGGGUGCUGGCGCGGCUGCCGCCGGGGGAGUUGCGCGGCGUUUUUACGCGGCAGCAGCCAGGGCUUCUGCGGGAGCGACUGACGGGGCUGCGGCGGAUGCUGUUGAGGAUGUUCGGGCCGCGGCGUGCAACGCCGGAGGCGGCGCUGCUACUGGUGGCGCGAUGUCCGCCGCUGCUGGCGCUGCCAACCAAGUACGUGGAGUCGUCUCUGGCGGCUCUGAUGAGCAUUCCGCCGACGAAGGGCGCGAUGACUGCAGCGGCCGCCGCAGGUGGCGGCGGCAGCAGCGGCAGGGUUCGUGGCCGCUCCAGAAUGCUCCGCGCCAUCCUAUCCUGCCCCCAUGUGCUGACGUUGCCGCCAGAGACGCUUCGAAGCCGGUUCGUAAUGCUGGCAGCUGCAACGCGCAUCGACAUGCCGGCUGUAAUUUCGAUGCUGCUGUUGCAGCCACGCCUGCUGCUUGCUGACCCGGCACGAGUACGGCAACGGUUGGAGGGGCUCACCUUUUCGCUGAUGGUGCCGCGCAGCGCAGCACUGGACAUGGUUGUACGGCAGCCGCAAUUGUUGCUGUACACCACGGAGUCGCUGGCGGAGAACUGGGCGGGACUGCAGCAACUUUUAGGUAUAACGUUUGACUCGGCACUUUCCAUCGUGACAAGGCAUCCCAACAUCCUGUGCACCUCCCCGGUCAACCUGACCUCCAAGUUGGCCGCCCUGGAGUCCAUCUUUGCGCUGCCCCGGCCCCGGGCUGUGCUGCUGGCGGUGGAGAAGCCGAUCAUCCUCACCAUGUCGGAGCAGCGGUUUCAGAACACCUUUCGAGUUUUGGCGCCGAUUCUGGCGCUGCCCAGCCCCGCGCAUCUGGGCCGCCUGGUGUGUCGGGAGCCGUACCUUCUGCUGGAGAGCACCGUACAGCUGACGGGCAAGGUGAGUCUGGCGGCCUCGCUACUGGGCAUAUCGGAGAGCGAUGUGGGCGGCAUGUUGGCGCGUUCUCCUAACUUCAUUACCAAGGAACUCAGCUACUGGCAGACCAAUCUGGACACGGUGACGGGGGGUCUGGGUGUCAGCCUGGAGCGAGCUCGUGAGGUGGCGGUACGGCACCCGUACCUACUGGCCGCGGAGCCCACGGAGCUGUUGCGAGUGGCCUCGGCCAACAUGGCCCUGGUCCGCAGCUCCCCCGCCUGGAUGAGCGCACUGGAGGGGGCUGACGCGGAGUCGCUGUUCAAGUGCCUGGCGGGAUUCAACGACCGUAACCGGGAGCAUCUGCAGUACCUGGCGGAUGCGGGGCUGCAGUCGCAGGUGUCCUUCCUGCACCCUGUUAUUUGGGACCGGGUUGCAUUCACGAAGCGCUUCCCGCGCUUUGCGAAUUGGCAGGCGGAGCAGCGCGCCGCCACUACGGCCCGCAACGGCUUGCCGCUGCCGCGACGGCCACCCGCAUGGCCGCCAGCUCUCAGCGCUGACGCCGCCGCUGCCGCUGCCGAUGCUUCCGGGGACGCGUCUGAGAGUGCCGAAGCCGCUGAGGAGAACGAAGUCGAGAACGGGUCCGAGCCUGGCGUCCAGUCCGCCGCUGAAUCGGUAUUGCACAUUGACGUACGGAAUACGGUUGCCGCUGUGUUUUCGGAGGCAGCAACAGCAAGUGAUGACGUGGUAGAUUCGGAGCUGACAAUAGGCAAGCAGCAGCAGCAGCAGCAGCGGCAUUUGGAUUUCGCAAGCGGAACGGCGGGUGGGUUUGAUUUGACGGAUGGCAAGGAGGUGAUGAUGGCUGUUGGCGGCGGCCGCGGUGCAGGGACAGGACCAGCGGGGAUGCGGAAAUACAUCCCUAGGCGACGACAAUCGGCGAAGGCCGACCAUGAGCGCUAUCAGCUGCGCCAGCUUAGCGCAGUAGACCGUGAUGACGACAGCGGCUCGGGCCUCGCGUUCUAUCCGCGAGGAGCUGAGGCUAGCGGAAAGGGAGGGAGCAGCACCGGCCUCACCGGGCCCUGGGCUCCGCGCUUGGGUCACUGGGAUUGCGUCUUUGUUACCUGGCGCUUUACAGUCUUUAACAUGCGAGGCCUACAACCGAACAAAAUAUAUGAAGGCCUUCAGCGAACAUUUUGUUACGAAGACUCCGACCCGAGUUGGGGCUAUGUAGAGCUUACGGCGCCACACAGGCUGGCAGAUCCAGCCCAGGGCUGGCUGGACGAGCAAGGGGCGCUGCAUUUGCGAAUCGAUUUCUACAGGGCCGAUGACAUCCUUCCUCUGACUAACCACCUCGGCAACAUCAUCAUCAGCAACAGCCCGGUCGUCCGCGUCGGUUACCUUUUGAAAGGGGCCCAGUAUGACUCAAGGGAGGAGAUGCGGACCGUAGUGCUGGCUGCCCAGUCCAUGAUGCCGCCAAGUUGCCGCCUCCAUAGUGCCCAUAGCGGUCCUGAAGCAGCCGGAACGGCACUCGUCUCUUGGCUACAGCAGCCAAAGCUGCUACUGCGCCGGCUGGUGGAUUACUCUUCAGUGGCGUGUCUGGCGGCUUGGUUAUGGCGGCACCGGCCCUCUGCGGCGCUGGCGGUUGGCGUCGCCAUUGCCGCCCGAACCAAGCGUACACGAAUACUCAUCUGUUCCUCGGCCUUCCGCACCAACCUGGUCCCUCGCAGUGUGAUCCAUCCCAGCCUACUUCAGCGGCAUCUGCCAACGCCAAGAAGCUGGAGGCAACUGUCCAACCUGCCGGCGGCAAUGGCAGCGGCAGCGGAGCUGGGCCGGCCUCGGCCACUGCGGCGGUGGCACAGGGCACGACAUGCGUCAUUAAUGCCAGGAUGCAUUGGGCAGCACGUUCUCAACCCCACCCUCGCCACGGUGGAUGGCGCCAAGGGCAGCAAUGCCACGUCCUUCGCCGCGCCAUGGCAACACCCUCGCAACAAUCAGCUAUUUCUACUGAUGCCGAUUCUGACUCUGGCGCAGCGUCAGCAGCAGCAACCGCAGCAGGCUAAGCUGUACAAGAAGCAGCACUCACUAGAUAACCAGUACGAUUCCCAGCGGGAACAAAUCCCGUCCCAACUAUCGCGGCAGCUGCAGAACAGUUAUCCGGGCCGCCAGUCGCCACCUCCACAAGAAGAGGAGCGUCGCCAGCAGCAACAUAACAAACGGCAGCGGAGCCAACUGUACGAUCGUCAAGGUGGAGAAGAACGAGAAUGGGCGCAAGAAAGCCGCCCUUCUGAUGGCAAAGAGCUGCAUCCUCAGCGGCAGUCGCAACUGCAGGAAGUGACGCAGCAACAACAACAGCAACAGCGGGAAGAGGUACAGAAGCAGGCGUCGCAGCCCCAAACGCAGGUGCUUAGGCAGGCGCGGUGGCAGGAGAAGCAAAACAAGUCGAAGGGCCGAAGUGCAGAAUCGAGGGACGCCGCUGCCACCGACUGUGAUGGUCAUUUUGCGCCGUGCAGCAGCAGCUGCAGCAGCAGGAGCUUAGACAGCAGCUUCAGUUGUGCCGUUGACGCCGCAGUUGCCAGCAGCGGCAAUGGCACCUUUAGCGGUGCGGGCUUGACCUUGGCCGAGGCCAGGAGCGGGCUCGAGAGCCGCACCAGCUGCAUUAGUGAUGGCGGCGUCGACAUCUCCAUCAUCGUCCAAUGCCCGCUGGGUCAACAGCCUCUGCGCCUGCACGGGUGUUGCUGCGGAUCUACCGACUUUAACAUCAACGGUGGCAGCGGAGCCAUUGCCGCGAUUGCUGCCGUAUAA